UCUCAGUCUAUGGUACUGCAAAAUCGACGCUCAUGUAUUCCAGUCUAGUCAAUCACAGGGCGUCUCCAAUGCAACAGACCCUCAAGUCGGAGUCGAUUGAUCGAUCUCGGCCGCAUGGAAAAUAACAACGUGAUGGACUAUCUAGCUAACUUGGUAACCAACUACCAUUCGGUGAAAAAUGUCGAAUAUAGCGUUGUUGAAAGGGAUUUUCAACGAGGGAUUUAGAGCGGCUCCUUGAAAAUACGAUUACAGAGUACCAGGACAUUUUUACUCCAUCUAAAGAGAACGACCGUUUAAAGAGGAUGCUUGAAUUCAUCCUUCAACCUGAGAUAAAGUUACAUAGAGCAGACCUCCAGAAAACCACACUCUCUAAAGUAGAGGUUCCCCCUGAGCAGCAGCAUUGUGAACAAGAAUGGAGCCUUAGUCUGGGGCAGGAGGACUCGAAGCCCACACAGAUUAAAGAGGAACAGGAGGACCUCCAGACCAGCCAGGGAAAAGAGCCACUUCAAGAGCUGAAGUAUGAUACUAAAGACUUUGUAUUCAUUCCUUCCAGUGUGAAAAGUGAGUCUGACGAGUACCCAACUCAGUCCUCACAUCUGAGCAUAACCCUAAGUAAAGAAUGCAAAGACAGAGACCCCUCCACUGAACAGAUCAAAACAGAACCUGGGGAAGAGGACUCAUCAGAACUAGCCAGUGACUAUAAGCCCAUCUCUGCAGUAAAUCCAGCCUGUUCUGCAGCUCAGGGUGAAAACAUGAGCAGGGACUGGAAGGAGAGUGAAGGACCUCUGUCAGCUUUGAAGACCCGGAAAUCAAAGAGGAUGCAGACAGAAAAAGGACAAAGCUCCCUUAUCAGCUCUAAGGGCAGGAAAUCCGUGGUGUCCCAUCUGAAAUCACCUGUCAGAUCCAGAUCUAAAGAUAUGACGCAUAGGAUUAUUAACACAGGCGAGAAGUAGUAUUGCUGUCGCGAUUGUGGAAAAUAUUUUGCUCAAAGAGGAAAUCUAAAUAAACAUAUGACGAUUCACACAGGGGAGAAAUCAUAUUGCUGUCCUGAAUGUGACAAACGUUUUACUCGAAACAAUCAACUGCAAUUGCAUAUGAAGAUUCAUGCAGGUGAAAAACCACAUCAGUGUAGUCUGUGUAACAAAUCUUUCAGCGUGAGAGGUUAUCUGCAAAGGCAUAUGAAGGUUCACAGUGACACAAGGGAUAAACCAUAUAGCUGCCAGGAUUGUGGCAAAGCAUUUGUUCUGAGUGAAAAUCUGACUGUGCAUAGGAGGGUUCACACAGGGGAGAAACUCUAUUUUUGCCAUGAGUGUGGCAAAUGUUUCCCUUUAUAGCGGUUCUCUGCAAUCUCAUAUGAAGAUCCACACAGGAAACAAACCACAUCAUUGUCAUCUUUGUAGCAAAUGUUUCAUCAGUAGCAGUAAUCUGAGAGUGCAUAUGAGGAUUCACACGGGUGAUAAACCCUUUCACUGCCAGGAUUGUGACAAAUGUUUCACUAACAAAUCCAAUCUGAAUAAGCAUAUAAGGAGACGGCAUAUGGGGAGUCACAGAGGGGAAGAAACCAUAUUACUGCUAAAAUAGUGGCAAAUCUUUCACCACUGGUUUCCAACUCACUAAGGGUAUAUUUGUCCUGUGCAUAGAAAAUGCUUAGUGAUGCAAGUCCAUUAAAUAGUAAUCAGAGAAUACACACUGAGGAGAAAAUAUGUAAGUGCAGUGAUUGUGAUUAAUGCUUGAAAAUAAAUUAAACCCUGAGAGGACACAUGGAGAGAAUGCACAAAACAUGACCGUACCCUGUGUGGGCAUCAGACAGAAGAUUGAGAGGUAGAUGUUUCAACUUCCACAAGUGGAGACAGUUCUUGGGGUGUCUGAAUUAAUAAAUAAUUAAACUCUUGAGAAUGUUGCAUGAUGAACAAAAAGUUGUCUAACAGAGACAUCUGUGGAUUUCUGAGCAACGAGUCCCUGCUCAUUAGUUUGACACACAGGACAUUUGACUGCAGUCCUCUGUAGAUGCUACUUGAACUCACAAACUCACUGCAUUAUUUGACGUUUGUCCUACUGACCUUGGGAAACUAGUGGGAAUUCCAAAUAACCUCUGCUACAUUUAGACUCCGGCAUACAGUGCCUUGCAAAAGUAUUCAUCUCCCUUGGCGUUUUUCCUAUUUUGUUGCAUUAC